AUGCUGCUAGCAGUUAUCUUGACGAUUUUCUCUGUAUUGCAUGGUACAUCAGCGCUUUUCGGAAUCGGUUCCAAGCAAAGUGUGGCCGUUCGAGGAAGAUUAACGUGCAAUGGAAUGCCGGCCAGUAAUGUAUACGUAAAAAUGUACGAUGAUGAUGUUUUAUGGGACUCGAAAAUGGGUGAAACGCACAGUGACACGAACGGCUUCUUUCAGUUGAUUGGCACUGGUCGAGAGAUUAGCACAGUAGAUCCCAAAGUGAAUUUCUAUCACGAUUGCAAUAAUGGAGACUUCAGAUGUCCGCGAAAGUUCACAAUAAAAAUCCCCGAUCAAUAUGUGGCUAAAGGGUCAACGGCAACGAUGCCCUAUGAUUUUGGAGUUCUCGAGCUUUCUGGAAAAAUGCCUGGAGAAUCACACGAUUGCAUUCAUCGUAAAAGACGA